UUUGAUUUCGUGCUUACUUAGCAGCGAAUACUCAAGGAAGAUUAUUCAUCUGACAAAUAAAUUGGCUCAGUGAUUCAUUGUUUUGGUUCGACUCGGCAGUCGUUCACAGCUUACGUCACAACUUAGGCUUCUCUGUGUUGUUUACAUUCGACUCGCAUGUGAGGAAACAGAAGAGGAGGAGGAGGCAAAGUUUUGAGACGAUCUUUGCUCUCACAGCGAGUUCAGCAGCUCUCAGGUGCAACCUGUGCCACCAUGUUGGUUUCUAUAAUCCUCCUGUUCGUUGGCAUUGGGUUCAUCAUCCUUCAACUGAAAUCCCGGAGGCCCAAGAACUUUCCACCGGGACCCCCUGCCCUGCCCGUCCUGGGGAACCUCUUACAUCUGAGCCUGGAGAAUCCUCUGAAGGAUUUUGAGAGGCUGAGGAAGAAGUAUGGAGACGUCUACAGCCUCUUCCUCGGCCCCAAACCUAUGGUCAUCCUCAAUGGGCAGAGUGCGAUAAAGGAGGCUCUGGUGACCAAGGGAACUGAUUUUGCUGGACGACCUGAUGACCUGUUUGUCAAUGACGUCACCCAGAGGAGAGGCUUGGUCCUGGCGAACGUUGGCCCCAGCUGGAGGGAUCACCGUCGCUUCGCUCUGUCGACCUUGAGGAACUUUGGUAUGGGGAAGAAUUCAAUGGCGGACAGGAUCCAUGGAGAGCUACAAUACAUUGUGGAGGCAAUGGAAAAAAACGUUGGCAAAAGUGUGAAUCCUGCCAUUCUGGUUUACAACACGGCCUCCAACAUCAUAUGCCAAGUUUUGUUCGGAACUCGCUUUGAGUACGAAGAUGAGUUCAUCAAAGUCAUCGUUCAGUGCUUUAGAGAAAACGCCAAGUUAGGAAGCGGACCCUGGGCGAUGUUGUACGACUCUUUUCCACUGAUUCGUAACUUGCCGCUGCCGUUCGUCAAAGCCUUUGAAAAUUUUAAGACUGCUGUGAAAUAUGUACGUCAAUUCCUUGACGAGCACAAGAAAACCAGAGUACCUGGAGAUCCACGGGACUUCGUUGACUGCUAUCUGGAUGAACUGGACAAGAGAGCUGGUGAGGAUUCUCCAUUUUCAGAGGAAGAACUCAUUUCGAACUCCCUUGAUCUUCACUUUGGUGGAACUGACACAACCUCCAACACCCUGCUCACUGCUUUCCUCUACCUCAUGGCCUACCCACACGUACAAGAGCGUUGCCAGCAGGAGAUAGACGAGGCGCUUGAAGGGAAGCAUUCGGUCACGUAUGACGACCGACAUAACAUGCCAUUCAUACAGGCUAUGAUCCAUGAAGUGCAGAGGAUAGGCAACAUAGUUCCACUCAGCAUCGUCCACUCAACGACUAAAGACACCGAGCUCAUGGGAUACUCCAUUCCCAGGGGUACAUUGGUCAUCCCUAACCUUGGCUCGGCCCUGAGAGAGGAGGGACAAUGGAAAUUCCCUGAUGAAUUCAACCCAGAAAACUUCCUCAACGACAAGGGAGAGUUUUUCAAACCCGAGGCCUUCCUUUGUUUCUCUGCAGGUCCUCGGAUGUGUCUGGGAGAGGGUCUGGCUCGUAUGGAGCUCUUCUUCACCUUGGUGACUCUGCUGAGGAAGUUCAGGUUUGUCUGGCCUGAGGACGCCGGGGAUCCAGACUUGACUCUGGCCUACGGGAUCACCCUGUCUCCCAAACCUUACUGCAUGAAUGUCCAGCUCAGGGCGACACAGUAAGAAGCUCUGCACACAGAUUAUCCAGUCAAUAUUAUCUUACCUCUAUUUAGCUUUUAAAUCAUAUCCUUGAAGCUCAUCAUUUUACAAAAAUUACUCAUCGUACAUAUACCUUACAAAUGUAUGUUUGCUAAGUUGAUGAUGGUAUCAAAUGCAUUUAUAUACAGUAUGUAACUGAUCUAUGGGAUUGAUGGGCUUGAAAAUAAACUUCAAUACCAAGAAAAAA